GAUCCCUUCCCCACCCAGCAAGCUACCAGUCUUGUCCGACUAGUCCAACCCAGGAGGGCUGGUGCACGUCCUGGGCCUCCAGUGCCCGUGCAGGUGCGGCCAGCACCAUGGACACCUGGCGGGCUCUGCCUCUCUUUCUACUCUUGGCUUCCCGAGCAGGGGUCGUUGCCCCCGGAGCUUCUCCUGGAAUCCAGCAGGCCAGUCUCUCCUCUGAUGCCCAAAGCCCUUCCCCACACGCAGGCUCGAACAUCCAGCCCCCCAGUGGGGCGUUACCAGGGAAGUCUCCAGCUUCCAAAGCCUCUGCUGACACCCCCCAUCUGGAAUGGUCUCCUGAAAGCCUGAGCUCCAGUAAUGACCUGCCUGGGUUCCCCCAGUCAGAUGUUCCUUCCUUUCCUGGAAGCCUGGGCUCUGAGGCCCGUCCUGGCCUCCUGGAUUCACAGGUUCCUGCCAGAGACCUGGAAUCUACCUUCGCUGUUAAGACACCGGCUUCCAACCUGUCUGCUGAUGCCCUAGAGCCCAACCCACAGGUGGAAACUUCAGAACUUAAUUCGGACAUGGGACAGGACUCUGAGUUCCCAGACCAACACGCUGAACCCGAGCCUCCUGCUGAGACCCACCCAGAGAUGAGCUUCCCCCAGCAGGUGGGGGGGCCUCUUGCCGUGCUGGUGGGGUCCACCAUCCGACUCCCCUUGUCUCCAGCCCCUGGCCCUGGCCCUCCUUCCCCUUUGGUGGUGUGGCGUUGGGGCACCAAGGUGCUGGCGGCCGGGGGUCUGGGACCAGGGGCCCCUCUGAUCAGCUUGGACCCAGCUCAUCGGGACCGACUGCGAUUUGACCAAAUCCGAGGAGGUCUGGAACUCACCUCUGCCCGGCUGGGGGAUGCUGGGGUCUACACAGUUGAGGUCAUCCGGGCUGGGGUCUCCCGGCAGAUCCGGGAGUUCACGGUGGGUGUGUAUGAGCCCCUGCCCAAGCUGUGGGUGCAGCCCGAGGCCCCGGAGACAGAGGAGGGGGCGGCAGAGCUCCGGCUGCGCUGCGUGGGGUGGGCGCCUGGGAGCGGGACGCUGAGCUGGAGCCGAGCCGGCCGCGCCCUGGAGUUGGGGGACCCCGAGGAGCCUGAGGCGCCCCGGAUCCGCCUGGAGGGCAACCAGCUGCUCAUCCGCCGCCUUGUGCGCAGCGACCACGCCCGCUACACCUGCCGGGUGAGCAGUCCCUUCGGGCACACGGAGGCCGCCGCGGACGUCAGUGUCUUCUACGGCCCAGACCCACCGGUCAUCUCGGUCGCCUCGGACCGCGACGCCGCCCCCACCUUCUAUGUCACCGCAGGCAGCAACGUGACCCUGCGCUGCUCUGCCGCCUCGCGGCCGCCCGCCGACAUCACAUGGAGCCUGGCCGACCCCGCUGAGGCAGCGGUGCCCGCCGGCCCGCGCCUCCUGCUGCCCGCGGUCCGGCCGGGUCACGCCGGCGCCUACGCCUGCCUGGCCGCGAACCCGCGAACCGGCCACCGCCGCCGCUCGCUGCUUAACCUCACUGUGGCUGACCUGCCACCCGGGUCCCCGCAGUGUUCAGUCGAGGGGGGACCUGGAGACCACAGCCUCCGCUUCCACUGCUCCUGGCCCGGUGGGGUCCCCGCUGCAUCCCUGCAGUUCCAGGGACUCCCUGAUGGCACUCGAGUGGGGCCCGCACCCUCUGCGCUCCUAGCGGUGGUCUCCGCGCACCCCCGGCUCAGUGGCAUCCCGGUCACCUGCCUUGCUCGCCACAUGAUGACCACGCGUACCUGCACUGUCACCCCGGAGGCUCCCCGAGAGGUGCUGCUACUUCCCCUGGUAGAGGAGACUCGGUCAGGGAAGGUGGAGGUGGCACUGGAGGCCUCUGGCUGUUUUCCACCUUCCAGAGCAUCCUGGGCCCGGGAAAGGCGGCCCCUGGCCCCAGGAGGAGGCGGACGCCUGCGACUCAGCCCAGAUGGACGGAGACUCCUCAUCGGCAACUUCAGCCUGGAUUGGGACCUGGGAAAUUACUCUGUGCUUUGCAGCGGGGCACUGGGUGCUGGGGGCGACCAGAUCACACUCACAGGCCCCUCCAUUGCCUCAUGGAAACUGCAGAGAACCCGGGAUGCAGCCGUGCUGACUUGGGAUGUAGAGCGUGGGGCCCUGAUCAGCGGUUUUGAGAUCCAGGCCCGGCCAGAGGGGACUGACCUGGGCAGAGCCUCCUCCUACCGGGAUUGGGUCUCCCUGCUCAUCCUGGGGCCCCAGGAGCGGUCAGCUGUGGUGUGUCUUCCCCCUCGGCCCCCUGGGACUUGGGUCUUGCGUAUCCUGCCCAUCCUAGGAGGCCAACCAGGGACCCCAUCAAAAGGCCGAAUCUACCAGGCAGGCCCUAACUUGGGCCCCGGGGCCAUCGCAGGCAUCGUCCUGGGUUCCCUGCUGGGCCUGGCGCUCCUGGUAGCCCUUCUCCUCCUGUGCAUCUGCUGCCUGCGCCGCUGCCGAGGAGAGACGCUUAAGAAGAAGCAUAUCUCCACCCUGACCCCGGUGGUCCCCCUGCCAGAAAAGAAGGCCCAGAGCAUGAUGCCGGUGCUGACCCCACAGCCUCUGCCCCCCAAAGUCCCGCUGGACAGACCUACCCCAGCCCCAAACCUGAAGGGCACAGAGCCCAGUUCAACACCAGGAGGGGGCCUAAGGAUGGUCCGAGCCGCCACACAGGUGUGAUUUGGGCUAGUGACUUGUUCUGCCCAGGACUAUUUGGGGCAGGACUUCCUCUUCCACCCGAGUGGCAGACAGAACUUUCCAACCCUGCAGUGAAAGAAGGUUGGAGCCUGCAAGUGAGACUUCUGGUCUGCCUCUCUCAGCAUGGAACUCAGUUUGUUCUCGUGGGGCUAAGGAGCUGGGACUCCUGGGCUGGGAGACAUAUCUGCUGAGCUAAAAGUUCAGUUCGUGCAACCUCCAAGGAGACAAGACAUGGUUCUAUGGUGGACUGUCAGGGCCUACUGUUCUGUUCAGAGCUGGAGAGGACUCAUUUGAUGGAAAAGCCUUCUUCCUCCAAUCUAUUUGCUUCCUCUAGGCUAUGCUCCAUCUAGCUCCCAGAUUCUCUCUCUCUUCUCAUCAGAGCACUGCCAGCAGCAAACCUGAGAUCUCUCACACUCUUUUUUUUUUUUUUUUUUUUUGCCUCCAGGGUUAUUGCUGGGGCUUGGUGCCUGCACCACAAAUCCACUGCUAAUGGUGGCCAUCUUUUCUCCAUUGUUGUUAUUGCUGUUGUUGUUAUUGUUAUUGCUGUUGUUGUUGUUGGAUAGGACAGAGAGAAAUUGAAAAAGGAGGGAAAGACAGAGAGAGGGAGAGAAAGACACUUGCAAACCUGCUUCACUGCUUCUGAAGCCACCCCCCCCUGCAGGUGGGGAGCCCGGGGCUCAAAGCAGGAUGCUUGUGCCUAUCCUUGUGCUUUGCACUGAGUGCUCAACCUGCUGCGUUACCCCCUCGCCCCCACCAGAGUCGUUUGAAUGCAAAUCACAUCCCAUUUUUUCUUUUUUCUCUUUCUUUUACUUUGUAGUGGAAUCAAGGUCUUACAACAGCACAGUUUCACUGCCUUGGGCUUUUGUUUCUCUCUCUCUCUCUCUCUCUCUCACACACACACACACGCACACACCCAUAUUUAUAGAGACUUUACUCUGACUGAAGAGUUACUCUUUCCCCUAUCUGACCACUUUCAAGUAUAAUAAAUUACCAUCUCAAAAGUAUUAUCAA